UUCCUCAAACUCCAACCCAUAAAAACUCACACCCUGUCUUACUUUGACAGUAGAAGACGACGCUGCACUCGGGGAACUUCACCAAACUGUUUGACUUUUGGACUUGAGGAUGUUGCAGUGUGUGUGCGUGUUGCUGCUGGCGGCCUCAGCUCUAAGCCACCUGGAUCAAGCCUCUCUGGACAACCAGUGGGAACAGUGGAAGACCACACAUAGGAGAGAAUACAAUGGCCUGGAUGAAGAGGGGAUUCGCAGGGCCAUCUGGGAAAAGAACAUGCUUAUGAUUGAAGCCCACAACCAGGAGGCAGCACUGGGCAUGCACUCCUACGAGAUGGGGAUGAACCACCUGGGCGACAUGACGUCAGAGGAAGUGUCCGAGAAGAUGACGGGCCUGCUCGUCCCAAUGAACAGCGAGCGCAGCUUCACCAUGGCUCUGGACGACCAGGUGUCCAAGCUUCCCAAAUCUGUUGACUACCGCAAGAAGGGCAUGGUGACUGCAGUGAAGAACCAGGGUGCCUGUGGCUCCUGUUGGGCCUUCAGUUCGGCCGGGGCCCUCGAGGGCCAGUUGGCCAAAGCGACAGGGAAACUGGUGGACCUCAGUCCCCAGAACCUGGUGGACUGCGUCAAAGAGAACGACGGCUGCGGAGGAGGAUACAUGACCAACGCCUUCCGCUACGUGCAGGAAAACGGAGGCAUCGACUCUGAGGCGGCCUACCCGUACAUCGGAGAGGACGAGCCGUGCCGCUACAAUUCAUCAGGCAUGGCAGCCCAGUGCAAAGGCUACAAGGAGAUCCCCUUGGGCGACGAGCGAGCGCUGGCUGUCGCGCUGUUUAAAGUGGGUCCAGUCUCUGUGGGCAUCGACGCCACGCUGAGCAGCUUCCAGUUCUACCAGAGAGGUGUCUACUACGACCCCAACUGUAACAAAGACGAUAUCAAUCACGCCGUGUUGGCAGUGGGCUACGGAGUGAACACCAAGGGGAAGAAAUUCUGGAUCGUCAAGAACAGCUGGGGCGAGACCUGGGGCAAGAAGGGCUACAUCAUGAUGGCACGUAACCGAGGCAACGCCUGCGGCAUCGCCAACCUCGCCAGCUACCCCGUCAUGUGAAGAGGACGAGGGGGGCUUUGCUUAGACUACUACACACAAAAAUACACUUGACCAUGUGCACAGAGUUCAUUCCAACACGUCAGCAACCACUACAAACAAUAACAGAAGAUUGAAAUUUGUUUACAAAGGUUUUCCAAAUUCAAACUGGGCUCUUUUGGAAUAUAUUUAUCACGGUGAUAAAAAGGGAUUCUGGGAUUCCAAUGUCCUUAAAAAUGUUUCAUGAGGACGUUUGGUUAUCUUGAGUUAUUUUAAGCACUUUGAACCCCCUAAGACUUUUUAUUUUUAUCUUUAAACCAGCAGACCUCCACUGUGGUCUGCUCCAUAAACACAUUUAGUACCUCCAGGGCUUGGUGUUAGUAACCCUGAGCCAGAAUACACGUUGGUUUGUGCCAAAGUGCCAAGUAAAUCUACAAACCAACCAAAGACACAACCAACCUUUCACACAAGGCUGGUAGUCGGUGACAGUUUAAGUCCCUUUAGUUUUUAUUACAGUUUGUGUGAGAACUAACAGAGUUUUAAUUCAUUGUGACUGGAAACAUUGCUGGGCAAUGGGAGCUGCUCCUUUACUGUCGAUGCAGAGUCAGUUCCUUUAGAAAUAGUUUUUCUCUUGAUCAUGUCAACUUUUAUUUUUGUUGUUGUUCUGUUCAGCACUUUUCUGAUGAUCAAACUGUAAACUGAUGUUUUCUAUGAAUAAAGGUUUCAUUUUGAAAUGGAA